UGGUUCCGGAUUGAUUGAUUAAUUUAGAAUUAAAUUGUUACAUUUUGUUACAUUUUGCUUUAUUUUGUUAAAAAAAUUGUGGUUGAGUUUGGUUAGCGGGUUGAAGGAUGAAGGAAGAAUGACGAAUUGGUUGGUUCAUCGAUAUAAUAGUUCAUUGUUUCGAUUCUGAAUAUCUCGUUAUAAAUUUAGCGCGAAAGUUUCAAAGUGCAAAAUUCUUAAAUUGAAUAAACUAUGUUUCGUAACACUGUUGCUAAUUUCUAAAAUAUUACAUCAUUUUAUUAUCUUUGUUCUCUAUAUAUUGAAAAUAUAAUUUUUAUUUUUUAAUAUAACCUAAUUGUAUGUAUCGUUGUAAAAAAAAAAAGAUAAAAUAGAUUAUUAAUAAAUAAAAUAAUGAUUAGAUACGUAAUUGAAGUGUUACGUAAUUUCAAAUAUUUUCCCAUUUUCGUAAUCGAGUCAUGCCAUUUCAGUCACGUGAAUACGUAACACGUACCAUUAACUCCAUCUAGUAACACUUUAUGUUCAAUUCCUCAGCGGAACUGAUUCACUCCAACGAUAACAUUGUCACGUUUUAAUUUAGUAUAUUCCAAAAUAAAACGCACAUCACAGAAAAUACAGUUUAUAUAAUAAUGAUAUAUAUACAUAUGUAUCGCUAUUAUUAUUUUAAUGCCUUUGAAACGAAUGCUACAUUUUUACAUCAUGCUUCCUCUCAUCUAUAUGUCACUAAACAUAGCAUUUAGUGACUUUUCCCUUGUUUUAUAUAGUAACCUAGAAAAAAUUUAAACUUGUCAUAUAAAUCAUCUCAGUAUAAUAAUCAUUUAAUAAGGAACAAUGGGAAUUUCACUCGUAAAUCGAUUUACGAGUGUCGAAAAGUGGAAAAAUACGAUUAUCGACUGGAGGAGUCCCCAUAUCGAAUCUCCUCAUGACGUGUCAAACUUUUUCCCACUGCACCGUUCUCUUGCAACGAUUGGUCCCUAGUGUGCUCAUGUUAGUUUUUAUUGGACAACAGUGAUGUGCUUCAUACGUAUACCGUUCAACCAGGCGCGGAAUCUGAAGCGCUUUGGUACAGUGACGUGUUUAAUCCCGCACUACACGACGUUCCAGCUUGCAUUCCGCGGAGAAGGUUCACAGAAGUGAGGCGGUGCGGAUGGUCUAGUGCUUUGAUUGCGUACGAAAACCUUGAGUAUACGGAUUUGAGAACGUAUCCUGCGAGAAAAUUGGACUUGCCGAUAUAUAAAACAGUUUUCGCGUUCCAAGUGGAAGGUACAGCAACACCGAUUGUUUCAAGGAGGAUUUGCCUCAACAUGGUAUACCUGGUAUCCAAAAUCCCUCCUAUUUACGAACGCUCAACGGCCAGCAACAUUUCAUUUGAGAAAGGAGGCGUGUUUAACGUAUCAAAGCCAUGCAAUCGCCAGCCGCGUCUGUCAUUUGCUUCUCGUGGCGUGAGAUCGUGGCCACCGGAGGAAGAGUCUACAAAAAUGGAUACAGUUCCUUUGCUAACCCCAACCAUGGAGUCAGAAUUGCUAAACGAGCCCUGGAUAUUUCCACAGACAAAAACCAAUGCAACAAAAGAAGACGAGAAAACAGCAUCCUCCACAUGGGAGGAAAACUUUCAGGAUUUAAGCGAUUGGUGCAUGGACCCGUUCCAGGGUCAAUGCGAUUUUCAUACAGGUGAAUCACCUACUUUUAAACUAUCAGGUACGAAAUACGAGGGUAACAGCGUUUUGUCUUCAGAAGAGGGGGUAUUGAAAGAUUUGAUGAGUGUAGCAGAAGAAGAUAAAUGGAGCAUGAAAAUGAGUACUGCUAAGACAGCUGAACAUUCGAAUAACAGUUGUCAAAAUUUGCAAUCUACAUCAAAUGUAACUAGUAAAUAUGAGAAAAAAAAUAGUUCAACAGAAUCAAACACAUCUAACUUGCGGUUAAAGUUAUCUAAAGGAUCAACAACUACUGUAAAUACAAGCUCGUGGAGCAAACAGAGUGAUACAGAUGUUAGUACAUCAUUCCAAUCCAGAUAUCAGAUAGAGGACAUUGAUUUGAACGAUGCUUGCCCGUCUUCUUUCGAUUCCACUGAGAAUCAACGUGAAACGUGGGACGUGUUACGAACAGUCGAGACUACUGGAUCGGAUACGUUUGAUUUAUUGUCGUAUCUUUGCGAUGAUGAAAUGCAUUCUCCGGAAGGUAGCGUUUCAACAGAUUCUUCAAUAGUAUCGAAACCAUGGUCAUCCUCCAAAUCAUCCAAAACUAUUCCAAAAACUAACGUAAAAGUGAAAACGGAAAAUAACGAUACUCUCACCCCACAAUGUACGAAAACUCGAACAGCAGCAUCAACGGUAACUUCAUCUUCUACAGAUACGCCUGUGGUAUCAACGCGGAGAACGGAACGAACGAGAAUAUCUGCUACUAAUAAAAUAGAAAAACCUUAUAGUCGAACGCGACGAGAGAGAUCGGUGAGAAAACGUUACGUCGAAAGCGAUUCAGACGAUCGCACGUUUGCUUCGCAUUAUCGAGAGUCGCGAGAGAAGAAUAACGAAGCUUCGAGAAAAUCACGAAUGAACAAGAAAGCGAAAGAGACUGAAAUGGCGAAAAAAGCGAUCGAAUUGGAACGAGAUAAUAGAAUAUUGAAAAUGAAGGUCGAGGAACUCGAAAAACUCGUUACAUCGAUGCGCAGUGCAUUAUUGAGGUCUGCUUUGAAGAAAGAAUUAUAAUAAAAGCGUUUCUUGUUUUAAAAAUUCAUUAUGCGCUGGGAAUCGCGUAAGAUAAUUUUAUCAUUUCUUUUCUGAAUAAUAUACAUAUAUGUUUUGUGAUAUAAGAAGAGAAAAUCAUGCAUUAUUUUCAUCUAUAUAAGAUUGCUAAGAUUAUUAAUAUGAGGAAUGAUUUCAAAUUGUUAUAUUGAAUGAAUUCUUUUAUUUUUGUUUAUCGUUUGAAAAAAAUUAUUGAAUUCUAUUAUACAUAUAUAUAGAUAUAUACAUAUAUCAUUAUCAUUCGCAGGAAAGAUAUAUUAUGUUAACAUUCUAUGUAAAUGUUUGUUACACAAUGUUUGUGUUUGUUUUUUUUUCAAAGAUAUCUUAUGUACAAUUAUAUUUUAUAUAUAAUGCUUAUAUUGAAAUUUGAAUACUGUUCAUAUAAUUAUAGUGGACAACAAGCAAAAAAUGGGAUAAAAAGAUAGAAGAAAAUGAAUAACUUUUAGUGGUAUCCUUUUUAUCAAAAAAAAAAAAAAAAAAAAAAAAAAAAAGAUUACAUAAUCAUAUUUUGUUCAGCCUUGUAUUGUACCUGAUAAAAAUAGAGGUCAGAACAAGAUAAAUUAUGUUUGGUAAAAAUAUAAUUUUUCUACUGGCAUGGGCACAAUAGUGGCAUGAUGUACAAUUAAUCUUCGAAUAAAGAAUAUGCUUCAAAAUCUACCUCGUAGUGAAGAGAAUUAUUUUUGUAGACACUCAUGUUAUAAAUAUAAACAAAAGGAGCAUUUAUCUAAAUUCUGUAAUUCUUAUGAAUUCUGUUUGCAAACAAAUCUUAAUAUUAUAGUGAUUUCUUCACGUACAUUUAUCAAAAUAUUGUGAAAAUGUUGUUCUAUAACUAAGCAAUACAAUGCGAAUCAAGCACUCAAAGUUGUUUUAUCAUUGCUUCAGAUUGCGGAAUAGAAAAUAUUGCAAAUUCUUUUAUUUGUGUAAAAACAAAAAAAAAUAUAAUACUUUUGGCAUCUAGAAAUUAUUCUAUAGGAUAUAUUACUGAUAUAGAAGAUCUUAAUAUUAUAUUCUUGUAAAUAUGAUAUUGCUUUUGCUUUUAUUUCAAAAUACUUCAAAAUAUAAGUGAAUUAUUUCCUAACAAUUGAAAUGUAAUUCUAAAUACGUUUUACUUUUAUCAAAUGUACGUUUCAAUCUUACACAAAAUAUUGUAAAUUUCACUAAAUAUAUAUUUUUAUAUCUUGUUUCAUUUUUAUUGAACUUUAUGUUUGCAUGUUACAUAUUAAGAUGUAAAAUAUGUAUACUAUCAUUUAUAUUAUGAAAUAUGUAUACAUUACAAUUCUAAAUGUGUAACAAAUUUGUUAAUAAAUGUUGCAUAACUUCUGAA